UCUGUGCGUGUGUGUGUGUGUGUUUGUAUAUGUGCGAAUAAGAGAAAGUCGUGCGCAUGCACGUGUCCUGGCAAAAGCCUGAAUAAUUGAAGAACAGAGGAGAGAGUGAAAGCACUGCCGGACGGGACAGAGUGUGUGGGAUUGAGCAGAGAUGGAGGAGAGGCAUACACUGAAGCAGGAGCAGCCUGGCUACGACGGGCUGUGCAACUACGCCCAGAAAAUCACCUCCUGCUUCGGGCUGGAUGUGUCUCAUACCCAGGACACACACCACCACUCCAGCGAGAAGCCCCUGAUUCAGUGCUACAAGUGCGGGGAGCCAUGUAAGGGUGAGGUCCUCCGGGUGCAGAACAAACACUUUCACCUGAAGUGUUUCACCUGUAAAGUGUGCGGCUGUGACCUCGCCCAGGGGGGCUUCUUCAUGAAGAAUGGGGAAUAUCUGUGCAUGCUCGACUACCAACGCAUGCACGGCACCCGCUGCAACGGGUGCGGGGACUUUGUCGAGGGAGAAGUCGUCACCGCCCUGGGCAAAACUUAUCAUCCUUCCUGCUUCGUCUGCACCAUAUGCAAACGACCGUUCCCGGCCGGAGACAGGGUGACCUUCAACGGGAAGGACUGCCUGUGUCAGUACUGCGUCGAGCCCAUGUCUCCUGGACCGAAGGACAUCCUGGGCUCCAGCAAUUGCUCAGGAUGUGGCCGCGACAUCAAGAACGGUCAGGCUCUUCUGGCGCUGGACAGACAGUGGCAUCUGGGCUGCUUUAAGUGUAAGGCCUGUGGCAAAGUGCUGACCGGGGAGUACAUCAGCAAGGAUGGCGCCCCCUACUGCGAGAAGGACUACCAGAUCCAUUUUGGAGUUCAGUGUGAGGCGUGUCAUCAGUUCAUCACGGGGAAGGUGUUAGAGGCAGGAGAUAAACACUACCACCCCAGCUGUGCGAGAUGCAGCAGGUGCAAUCAGAUGUUCACAGAGGGAGAAGAGAUGUAUCUGCAAGGCUCAACAGUGUGGCAUCCUGGGUGCAAGAACACCACCAGAACAGAGGAGAGACACAGAGAACGGCCUACGAGGUCGUCGUCUGAGAGCAUUUGUUCCAGACCUGGUUCAAGCAUACCUGGCUCACCGGGUCACACCAUCUAUGCAAAAGUAGACAAUGAGAUCCUUGAUUACAGAGACCUAGCUGCCAUUCCAAAAGUCAAAGCCAUUUAUGACAUUGAGCGCCCCGAUCUUAUCACGUACGAACCUAUGUACACAACCGCCCUGGACGAGAAAGAUGAGAGACGAGAGUGUGUGGGAGAGCUCCACUCUGCUAGACGGGAACGUUCCCCGAUGCCCGAUGAUAAGUCGUCAAGAAACAUGUCGCCAACCCCAUCAGCUGAGAGUUUUUACGACAGGAGGGACCGCAUUCUCCAAAGAUCCACCAGUCAAGGCUCCAUAGGGUCCCCGGUGUAUAAUCGCCAUGGUUACACUCCCACCCUAUCACGAUCACCGCAGCAUUUUCACAGACCUGCUCUGACAGGCAUGCAGAAGCUCUGCUCCUCCCUGUGCAGUAACAGUGUGGGCUCCAGAAAUAGUGACUCUCGUCCCACCUCCCCUUUCAGACACCACUUCCUGCCCCAUAGCCAAGGCCCCGACCCACCGAGUGGCCGGAGUUCCCCCCUGCCGCUCAGGCCCGACAGCCGGCCGGUCACCCCGCCUCUCUCUCAGACCCCUAAACAUUUCCACGUCCCAGAUCAGGGGAUCAACAUCUACAGAAAACCGCCCAUCUACAAACUUCACGAUACAGCUGCCGUAGCUCAGCAAAGCAAGUUUGGUGAGGACAUCAUCAGAUCCGCCACCUUCCCUGCUGCCCAUGCUCCCUCCCUGGAUGACAGCUCCCGGAGUGAGGGUGACUGUUGGCCCCACUCUCUCGCUGUUUUAGGUUCAGAAGGGAGGAGGCGGUCUAGAGAAGAGGAGGAGGAAGAGGCUUUGAAAAGAAAGCAACUUCAGGAAGAGCAUCUCAGUAAGAUUCAGUCUGGUCUGGGAAAACUCAUUCUGAAGGAGGAGAUGGAGAAAGAGCAGAUUAGGGAGCGGCACGCUCGCAGCCUCUCUGCUCAGCGCUACGAUCCCAAAAUGAACAACUGUGACGCAGAUCCAACGUCUCCAACCAAGACCAACUCUCUGCCUGGGUAUGGACGGAACGGUCUGCAUCGGCCUCAGUCUACAGAUUUCACCCAGUACAACAGCUAUGGAGACAUGUGUGGUGGAGGAAGAGAGUUUCAGCACAUUAAGGAUGGCCGUGCAGCACUUGCAAGGAUGGACAGGGGAGUAUCUAUGCCUAAUAUGUUGGAACCAAAAGUGUAUCCCUAUGAAAUGCUCAUGAUAACCAGUAGAGGGAGAGCUAAACUGCCAAGGGAUGUGGACAGAACCAGACUGGAGCGCCACUUAGCACCCGAAACGUUCUUUGAGAUCUUUGGAAUGGAGAUCCAGGAGUUUGACAGGCUUCCCCUGUGGAAACGCAAUGACAUGAAAAAGAAGGCCAAGCUCUUUUAGUUUUUUUAUUUUUUCUAAUUUAUAGCAUGCAUUAUUCUGUACAUACAAUCAGAUAGCACACAGUUGUAAUCUAGAUGUAGGUUCUGGGUUAUUUCCUUUUCUUUUUUUCUUUUUUUUUGCUUAUGUCGUCUGGAUAUACCUGGGGAUUCCAAGAAAUGGACUGAUGUUGCGAUGAUGGACUUCAAUAAUGAAUGGAAAAUUCUUCCAUGUUCAAAAAUGACAAAGAAUGAUGACAAGGGUCAAGUUUUAUUUGCUUUGACUGCACUUAUUUUACCUCCUGCUUUGCUUUAAGUGAAAAUCCUUCCUUUACUUUACUGCUUGUUUCUUCCUAUUUGUUGCUGUUGAUUCCCGUGGAACUUUGUAAUUACAGUAGACCAUCAUGGCACAGUCACAAAAAUGCCCAUGCCUGUAGCUCAAAAGUGUGUCAACUUUUUGUUUUGCUUGGGCUGAAACAGUUUUAGCCCAAAGGUUUCAAGAAUCGGCUCAGUGAGUCUUUUAAGAUACAAUACAAUGAGAAAAGCCUGUGGGAACACGGUGAGCACACCCGCCAACUGUUUGACUGGAUCUACGUGGAAAUGACUCCUCCAAUAGCCGGCAUAUCACCAGUCUUCUUCCCCGUGGCUUUCAUGCACACAAAUUGUUCAUCUGAAUGGACAAAAAAAUGUCUCUUUUCUCAGGCUCUCAUAAACAAAGUUAUACACCUUACCUUUACUUAUAUUGGAAGUAAGAAUCUUAUAUUUUAAGGCUGUUUCCAACAUAUAGUUACAUUCAAAUAGAUACGACCCCCUAUUUCAAGAAAUGACUGUAUUUGACAGUAUUGUUUUAUAAAUGAAAAAAAAACACACUGCCAUUUGUUGUAUUGAAAUCUAAGCCAAUAAAGAUUUAAAUUGCCAUGAACCAUGAACACUGAUCGCCCAUCCCAAAGUUACCCUCAGCUUCUUUUCUCAUAUUUUGAUGUGGACAUUUGGGGAUGUUAGCACAGGGUGGGAAAUUAUCUUAGGACUGAAAUACAAACCUAAAAUCUUCAUCAGAAGUCUUCAUUUAAUUAAUUUAAUUUUACAGCAUUAUUCGUUUAAUAAUGCUGUAAAAUGCUCAUACUACGUACUGUUGCAAUUUUCCAGAAAGUUUUCUCAACUGAAAAAUAUUCAGUUGAAUCAGGACAGGCUAUGACUUCACUUAUUUAGAUUUUUUAAAUUUUAAAUAAAAAAUACUUAAAAUAUUUAUAUAAGAAAAGUUCCCAUCCAAAAGAAUGGUAAUCUUUAAGCUGCCACAUGAAUAGCAGCUGGAAAACAUGAUUAAAUGUAAAUUAAGCACAAGUUGUGAAAUAGCAACUCUUGUCAGGUCUUGAGGUAUUUGUGUUACUUUGAAUUCACUCCCAGUUUGAAUACUGGGAGUGUGUUUGGUUCAAAUGUUUGGAAUUCACAGUGUUCGGCUGAAUCAGGAUGUCACUUUUACCAUGGUGUCACCUUUUCGGGGAUUUUUAAAUUUAAUGUUCAAGUGACCAUCUGGUAAUGAUAUUUCCAUGAUCUCUAAGAGGACUUAAGAAGGAAGAUAGUUCUUAAAUUAAUUGGAUAAUUGAAAAGUAGCUCAUGCCGUUAGUUUUUUGAUUUCAGUUUCAAGCAUUCAACAUGCUGAAGUGAGUGAAUCUUUAUUAGUGCAGACAGAGCAUUUGCAUAGAUUUUUAUAAAAUUAAGCAAUGAUACAUUUGGAUGCCAAUGAGUGUGAUGCCAUUUACCCUACAAAACAACAUGAAAUUCAAAAUAUGUAAAAAAACCCAAAACAAAACAAAAAAACUAAA